AUGCACGGCUUGUCAAUCAAAACCGUAAAUUAUCUGAUCAGAGCACUGCCUGUUGGAUUUCUUACCCUAUUUUCCACAGAUGCCUGCUGCACUGCGGUGGGCACUGAACAAAGGUCUGCACUUGAUGAUUCUUUAGAAGAGCAGUUACAAAGUAUCUCCAUCUCUAGUGAUGAGUCCGACAACACCCCACCCCACUCAACUCCCAAGCCCAGAGUUUUCAAGGACACAACUGGCCGCUUUACUACUUUCAUGAAUGAUUCCAGAAUCUCUGAAAUAAUCAAUGAGUACUUUAAAAGAGUAAAUCUUGCCCAACACAAUGAGUAUCCAAGUAUUAAACAUGAGAUUUAUGAAGUUGUGGCAAUGACACUGUACUGUAUUUAUAGUCCAACAGGCAGUGUAUUUUUAAGUGAAUAUGAAUUUUUAAACGAAUAUAAACUUUUAAACGAAGACGAAUUUUUAAAUGAAGAUGGUAGCCCCAAAGAGGAAACAAUUCAAAAAGCUAAAGCAUACUUGUCGAAAUCUAAACUCCCAACAUUAGAGGUAUCUGGCUUUGACUUUGAUCAUAUUCCGAUGGAGACAUGGAAGUUUCUCACUGAUCACUGCGGAACUGAGGAAUUGCAUAUAUCAAAAACAGCAAUUGAUGUUGCUGCACUGAACAGUCCAGAUCUCAGUAAGAUAACAAUGUUGGCUUUGUUUGAUGUUGGACUGACAGAGAUGCCAUGUCUAUAUAACCUCAAAAGUAUUAAGUAUCUCUGCUUGAAUGAUAAUCAAAUUGGCUAUGUCAAUCUUCAAAGCUACUUUGAUGCUGAGACAGGCAACGGUACUAUGCCAAAAUUGGAGUAUCUAGACCUGUGUGGAAAUCCUGUAUCAAAGAUUGAUACAAGAAUUAAAGAAGUUUGCUCAAAUAAAUCCGCAGAAAUAGGUCUGGAUGGGGUAGGGUUGUGUUCUAUACAUGGUAACAUGAAGGAUAAACUGGAUGAAGUAGGUAUUCAGCUUGUUGAACCAGCUAAGAAUAAAGAGAAUGCAUCGGAUGUCAAAAACUGA